AUGUACCGUUGUUUCACUUCCACUGGUAGGGGAAAGAUAGGGGGACGUGUUUUACCGUUACAUACUCGUUUAUUCUAUCAAUUAAAUAAGAAGUGCUUAAAGGAAACAGCUUUACAGCGACAAAGGUGUGCUAGGUUCCGUUCAAGCUCAAAUACUACAUCAAAUAACAAUAAUAAGGCCGAUGAUGAACUUAUUGCGAUGGCAUUUGAGAAACAUUACAAGAUAAGGUCAAACAUUGAGCUGCUAAUUCAAGAUUAUGCUAGAAAACCGAUACAACCUGUGACAUUUGAUUUCCUCACAAAAUACAGACCACCCCUCAAGGAUACAGAAAUGUAUAUGCUUAGUAUAAAGACAAUCAAUCUGCUCUUAUCUUAUACAUGUCGGCAGUUGGAUGCAAUCCAAGCAUUACCGUAUAUUGUGGUUCUAAACCCAAAUAUCGAAAUAAGCAACUCAUUGUAUUUAAGGACGCUAGAAACGCUACUUUCAAUCGAUUAUCCAUACGGAAUACAGAAUCGCUCUGCGAUGGCUCGAAUGCUAACGCAGUUCCUAGACGAACACCAGGAUACUCUUGUGACUUUGUCUCGGGGAUUUCAAGAGGUAAUGGAGUUUUACCCUAAAGAAUCAGUAUUCAAAUUUUUAAAUCAGCAUUUGAGAGACAGGAUUGCAAUGAAGUUGUUAGCUAGACACUACCUCUCCUUGUUAGAUCAAUCAAAAAGGAAAGGGCCAGAAAAUAUGAUUGGGGCCCUACACAAAAAUUUGAAAAUCUCCGACUUGAUUCGCCAGGUGUCUGAAUAUGUUAACGAUCUUUGUUUUGUCAAAUACGACCACACGGUACCUGUAUCUAUAUUAUCUGGGGACGAUGUGUCAUUCCCAUGCAUACCAACACACUUGGAAUAUGUUUUAACGGAAAUUCUGAAGAAUUCAAGUAGAGCACAUAUUGAGGGAAGUACUGCGGAUAGUGAUUUAACUGAAAAACCAAUAGAAAUUACUGUUGUACGCUGUGAUAACGAAUUACAAAUUAGAAUACGUGAUUUUGGAGGGGGAAUCCCUCCCAACGUGGAGGAUAAAAUGUUCGAUUAUUCGUACAGUACAGUUACGGAAAAGACAAACGAUACGGGAGCUGAGGCGUAUAUGAUUCCCGGUGAGGAUAUUAAUAAUGUAUCUGGCAUGGGGUUUGGUUUACCGAUGUGCAGAGCAUAUCUUGAAAUGAGCAGUGGCUCUCUCGAAAUUCAAAGUCUAUGGGGCUGGGGAACAGACGUCUAUAUCAAGCUCACUGGCCCCCCAUUAUAA